CAAGCAACAAGUGUAUGAGCUGCAUACUGGAUAUAGUGAGACUACACGAGAAGCAUUGCUAUUUUGUACAGUCAGAGAAUAUUUUAUUGCAUCACAAGAGAGGAUCUAAUGCAACAAAACUAAAGCAGACGACUACUGUACUUGACGUUUAUAAAGAAGAGGCAAUAACAAAAGCAGGUUACCUGUAUCUGUGGCUGUAUUAACUGUAUCAUCUCAUUGACUUUUACAGCACAGUGGUGUACUAUUAUAAACGUGUUCUAUUAUAUAUGUGUUUAAAACGAAGCAAUUAAAACGACUCACCGCAAUGGCUACUAACUGUGCAGUGCUUGUGCAUUUAAUUUUAUUUUUUGCAAACCCAAGACUCGAAACAGCUGCAAGCGACAUUCUAAAUCAAAGACCGGUAUAUGAAGCCAGUGUCGUUGACAAACCCUUUGAUUAUCACAGUGACAUGUCAACACGUGCUGCCAAAGACAGGGACAUGGUAGCUAUUCACAUGCUUAAACUUUAUAAUAAAUAUAAUAGAGAAGUUAAUCGACCAAGGGACGGCAAUACAGUACGCAGCUUCAAGGCAAGCAUGGAAAUCAUAGAUCAGAAGGCCUUGUAUCGUUUUAAUUUGACUUCUGUUCAAGAAUCAGAAGUCAUUCUUGCCACAACGUUUCACUUCUUCUUUGACAAAUGCGCAAGACACAGACCGUUUUUCUGUAAACGUUUGAAGAACGCGUCCUGUCAGCUCCAACAGUUCCAUCACUUUCCUUCAGUGAACCUGAUCUUCAGAAGUGCUUCCUCAAAUGUGGCUUUGGGAUCAUUGCUGGGGAACGUCACUGUUUACCCCAAUAGGAGAGGAGCCUGGCAGUUAAAGGAUAUAUCAGAGAUAAUAAAAGGAGCAAAGAAAACUGGGGACCUCUUGAUAACAAUUGAAUUUGAUAUUGGAGAAAAGUUCCAAAAGUAUCAAGAUCCUGUAGCACCUUCAAACCUACCAUACAUUCUUGUAUAUGCCGAUGACCUGGCAAUAUCGGAACCAAACAGUGUUGCUAUAACAUUGCAGAGGUAUGACCCUUUCUCCCUGAAUGAGGAAACAACCCAUUCUCCCAGCACCUCCCCUGAAGCCCGUGUUAAAAGAGAUUCCUAUUUUCCAGAUCCCAUCAAAAAUAAUGAACUCCCAGAAGUACAGUACAGUACUUUUAAAAAAUAUGACUUGUGGGAAAGUGCUUACAUGUCCCUGAAACCAAAAACUUCUAAAAAGGACAGAAGGAGAAAGGGGCAGGAGAACAGUGAAGGAUUGACUAAGUCACAGGUUCUAAGCUUUGAUGAGAAGACCAUGAAAAAAGCUAGAAGGAGACAAUGGAAUGAACCUCGAAUUUGCUCUAGGAGGUACCUCAAAGUCGACUUUGCAGAUAUUGGCUGGAGCGAGUGGAUCAUAUCUCCAAAAUCAUUUGAUGCCUACUACUGCGCAGGAGCUUGUGAAUUUCCACUGCCUAAGGCGCUUCGCCCCUCCAAUCAUGCUACGAUCCAGAGCAUUGUGAAGGCAGUGGGAAUCAUUCCUGGUAUCCCAGCGCCCUGCUGUGUUCCUGACAAAAUCAGCUCGCUAAGCGUCCUGUUCUUGGACGAGAACGAGAAUGUGAUAUUGAAGAUUUACCCGAACAUGUCUGUGGAGACCUGCGCAUGUCGAUAGAUACUGGGAGAACACUUCAUUAUGAACUGGCUAUUUACUGAAAAGGAAACAAAACAAGUGACACCUCACUGGUUUCCUUAUGAUUAAUACAAGGGGAGCGGGGGUAUCCAACCAGAAUUGAAGCUUCAGGCUACAUUACACAUCCAAGCUGCUGAACUCUUUUCUUUACAGUCAGGGUGAUAUUUAUAGAAACAUAUCUUUUAGUUUCUUUCUGUCUCUUUUUGAAUUCUGUCUUCUUCUUUAUACACACUGCUCUCCAGCACGGAUUGAGAUAUAUAUGUACAACCUGUUGGCAGAUAACUCUUUCCAUACUAAUACAAAUCUGCCUUGGUCCGCAGGAAAUGUUAACUAUAGUAAAAAGAGGCAGCAUAAAUUACAAGGAAACCUAUAGCGAGGAGCAAAAUAAUUGUUAAAAGGACAGUAGUUGUGCCUUUCUCUUGUUAAACUGUAUGCUGUUUACAUGUCCACUGAAAUUGUUUUUUUAUAUAUACAAAAAGUAUUUUUCUAUGUAUGUAUGUUUGUAUGUAU